AACGAGUUUAGCGCUGUUGUCAUGGUGGGGAAUGAUAGCUGUAGCUGCCCCGCGUCCGGAACAUUGGAACUCUUCGAUAGCCCUACGUUGCUUCCCAAUAGGUAGCCCAGUUAAGGAGCCUAAGGUCUAAAGUUAGCAAGAGCCAGCUACUCCUUCAUAAUCUAUACAUUCCGUAACUCCCGAUCUUUAAUUACAAUUGCUAUCAUCUCUUUAGGACUACAUACAUUCGAAGUUAUCUACAGAUCGUGACAUACGUACAUAUAUCUUCUCUAUUCUGCUAGCAUUGGACUAUAGUUACCAGAUACUAUCUGUAAUUCGCAAUGUCGCUGCCAUCCAACGUCCACGUCUCAAAGCACCCAUGCCUGAGGGCUAAGCUGAGCCGUCUUAGAUCCAAGAGGACUGAGUCGCGAGAAGUCAAGUCUUUAAUAAACGAGAUAGCUUUGAUUCUUGGUUGUGAAGCUCUAGGCUCGGCAUUGACACCCGUCGACGGUCCAAAGGACGAGACUCCGAUCGGAUUCGAAUAUACGACAACUACGGUGCGUCCGGAUGCGUUAUCUAUAGUACCAAUCCUUAGGUCGGGGUUAGGCAUGGUAGAAGCUAUACAAACUAUAUUACCCGAGCCGGUCCCCGUACACCACCUAGGUCUAUACCGGGAGCCUAGCACCCUCGAGCCCGUCGAAUACUACAACAACCUCCCUCACCACGUCUCUUCUUCGAACGAGCCAGGCUCCCACGCGUCCAGUCUGGCUAUCAUCGUAGACCCGGUUAUCGCGACCGGCGGGACAUGCCAGGCGGCCAUCCAGACGCUGAAGGAAUGGGGUGUUAAGAAGAUCAUCGUUCUAUCCGUUAUUGCUGCUGCCGACGGUGUCCGGCGCGCUGCGGAAGAGUGGAGCGAGGCUGUUGAGAUAUGGGUUGCCGGAGUCGACGCCGAGCUGACACCUAACGGAAUGUUGAAGCCCGGCGUGGGAGAUGUAGGCGAUCGCUUGUUCUUGACGAUAGGCAAGUGAAGUGAAAUGGACAUGCUAGUGAUAUAGACGCACGUAUUCAAUAAAUUACGGCUAUGUUAGACUGGCAACACUACAUACCUACCUAUGUA